AUUUUGUUGUGAGAGCCGGAAGUGUGUGUGUGUGUGUGUGUUUUUCAGUAUGUGUGACUGCAUGCGGCUUGAUGGUGGUGAACAGUGCAGGGGAGUGGAGGACACACACUCACUCACACACCCUCACACACACUCACACACACUCACUCACACUCACUCACACACACUCACACACACUCACACACACUUGGAGGAAAGAGACGCACAAAGAUUCUGUUUGACUGAACGCGCCUCACGAGUGUUGACAAACAGGGAGGAAGAGGAGGAAGAAGAGGAGGAAGAGCGGACACAAAGGGGACCAACUCUCCAGGCAUGGCGGCGGUGUUGCCGAGGACGCUGGGCGAGCUGCAGCUGUACCGCAUCCUGCAGCGGGCCAACCUGCUGAUCUACUACGAGGCCUUCAUCCAGCAGGGCGGCGACGACGUGCAGCAGCUGUGCGAGGCGGGCGAGGACGAGUUCCUGGAGAUCAUGGCGCUGGUGGGCAUGGCGAGCAAGCCGCUGCACGUGCGGCGCCUGCAGAAGGCGCUGCGGGACUGGGUCACCAACCCGGCCAUCUUCAACCAGCCGCUCGCCUCGCUGCCCGUCUGCAGCAUCCCCGUCUACAAGCUGCCCGAGGGCUCGCCGGCACCGCCGGACCGGGCCGGCGUCAAGACGCCCAAAGCCGCCUGCUCCGACCCGGGGAAGCUGGACGCGGCGCGGGACAAAGCGUCGGCCGGGUCGCCGCUGCAGGGCGGCAGCGAGGCCCGGUUCUGGUCGGGCCACAGCAACGACAGCGAGCACAGCCUGUCGCCGUCGGACCUGGGCUCGCCGUCCUCGCCCAGGGACACGCUGGAGGCGCUGGACGGCGCCGCCGUGCAGUCGGUGCUAGAGUGCGUGGACCGGAUGGCGCCGGGCCUGCCGAAGACGGACCCGUCCGAGGCCAAAGAGCAGUUGAAGAACAACAAGAAGCUGGCGAAGAUGAUCGGACACAUCUUCGAGAUGAGCGACGACGAGCCGCGCAGAGAGGAGGAGGUCCGGAAGUACAGCGCCAUCUACGGGCGCUUCGACUCCAAGAGGAGGGACGGCAAGCACCUCACGCUGCACGAGCUGACGGUGAACGAGGCGGCGGCCCAGCUGUGCAUGAGGGACACGGCGCUGCUCACCAGGCGGGACGAGCUCUUCGGACUCGCUCGGCAGAUUUCCAGAGAGGUCACCUACAAGUACACGUACCGGACCAGCAAGUCUCGCUGUGGAGACCGAGACGAGGCGUCCCCCAAGAGGAUCAAAACAGAGGAGAACUUCUUCGACAUCCAGGAGGCGCUGCAGGCCAUCCACAUGCGGCAGGAGAUGCUCCGGGAGCAGCUGGCCUGCGCCAAGUCCAAAGGAGAGGAGACCGUGGGGCGCAACCUGCAGAUGCAGCUGGAGCGUCUCCUGGCUCGCCAGAUGGAGAUCCUGCAGGACGCCGCGGUGCAGGAGCGGCUGCAGGCUCUGGACUGGAGGAUCCCCCCCGCCGCCCUCAAGUACCUCAACGACGCCCAGACCCCCAACGGAGCCGCCGCCGAGGCCAGAGACCACCAAGACGAGCGGCCGGUCAACCUGCGCGUGGUGAGUCAGAACAUGCCGGAGGGAGACCUUCCAUUGGGCAAGCAGCUAGCCAAUGAGCUGAAGCGCCACCUCAACCACAACCACAACCACAACAACAACAACAGCAGCAGCGGCGGCGGCGGCACAGACGAGACCAAGACAGCAGAGAACGGGACGUCGCAGAAGAAGACCAUCAAGUCCGAGCCGGAGGACUCCACAUAGUCCCCCCCCCCCCCGUGACCCGGCAGUAGAUACGAAGCACAGACACAGUAGAGCCUUAACAACCAACGUUGCCUCAUCAGCAUUAUUUAUCUUCAGUUUCGUCUUUUUGUUUCAAAAGAACACGAGAAGCUCCUCGAGGUGUGUUAGAGCAGGGGUCCCCAACCCCCGGGCCGCGGCUUGGUUGGAACCGGGCCGCGGAAAAAAAGUGAAUAAAUAAAGUUUUCAAAUUUUUUUUUUUUUAAUCAGUCGGAAAAAUAUCUUAUUUUGAAAAAGGACCGGAUCCACCGUGUGUCUGAGCCGCGUUCAGGAGUCUUAAAGUUCGGGUUUAUCGCUGCAGGCGAGUCUCACGCACCGAACCCUCUGCUGGCGGCACAGUGACAAAGAAUCUUCAAACAGAUUCAACCUGCUCAAUGAAUUCUGUCACUUCAGGGAAAUGACAACUGGUUUCAAGUUGGCCGAUGAAGUCGCUGCUGUGUGGGCGAGUGAACAGCGGAAUAUUCUACAUGUUUCAGACGUUGACCGGGUGGAAGAGGCUUUUAAAAGAGUUUGAGUGGUACUCCAACCACAAAAGACCCGACUGCAAAAGAAUAGACCUGCAACCCAUUAGUAAACAAACCCACCCGGUGAAUCGAGCCCGUCCAAGCAAGAAGAACAUGUGUUGGAGAUGCAAAUGACGGUGGCCUUAAGGGACAUUUCACACAACAACUCUGUGUUCUAAUGACAGCGACCAGAACUCGGUUAGGAGCAGCGGACCAAACACACGUCUGUGUCGCCGUCUCCAUUAGCGGCUCGUUGCAGGUCAACAAGCACGGCUCACACUCGGCGUAAUGAUGAGUUGUAGUUUUGGCACUUUAUGCCCUUCGUAUAAUUGUAUGACGUCAUAUUUAUUACGUCAUUUAUAUUGCCGGUCCGUGAAAAUAAUUCCUGACACGGAACCGGUCCGUGGCUCAAAAAAGGUUGGGGACCUCUGCGCUAGAGUACACGCUAGAGUACACGCUAGAGUACACGCUAGAGUACACGCUAGAGGUACUGUUUGCGUACUUCAUCGUCAUGGUAACUCGUUUCUGCAGCCCUGACAUGAAACAUCUCGACAUCCGUUUGAUUGGCUCAAAGUUUAAAUUCAUACGUUCACGUCGUUCACAACAUGGGUUGAAUAAAUUCCGAGGUUCCCUGAAGGUUUCAUGGAGUGUCAUCACGAAGCCAAAACACACCCGUUUCAUACUUUAGUUUAUUUAACAAAACACCUUCAGAACUCAAGACGUCAGCUCCUCGUCCUCAGAGUCCAUCUUCAUCAUCAUCACGCCUCAAGAGGAAGAGCUCAUCAUGAACACUGAUCAUAACCUUCACUCUGUGACCCCAGAACAAUGAGGAGGUGGUGCAGCACCUGGACCCACAGGGACCCACAGGGACCCACAGGGACCCACAGGGACCCACCUGGACCCACAGGGACCCACAGGGACCCACAUGGACCACAUGGACUCACAGGGACCCACAUGGACUCACAUGGACCCACAUGGACCACAUGGACCACAUGGACCCACAGGGACCCACAUGGACCACAUGGACCCACCUGGACCCACAGGGACCCACAGGGACCCACAGGGACCACAUGGACUCACAGGGACCACAUGGACCCACAUGGACUCACAUGGACCCACCUGGACCCACAGGGACCACAUGGACUCACAGGGACCCACAUGGACCACAUGGACUCACAGGGACCCACCUGGACUCACAUGGACCCACCUGGACCCACAGGGACCCACAGGGACCCACAGGGACCCACAGGGACCCACAGGGACCCACAGGGACCACAUGGACUCACAGGGACCACAUGGACCCACAUGGACUCACAUGGACCCACCUGGACCCACAGGGACCACAUGGACUCACAGGGACCCACAUGGACCCACAUGGACCACAUGGACUCACAGGGACCCACAUGGACUCACAUGGACUCACCUGGACCCACAGGGACCCACAUGGACCACAGGGACCACAUGGACUCAUAUGGACCACAGGGACCCACAUGGACUCACAGGGACCCACCUGGACUCACAUGGACCCACAGGGACCCACAUGGACCACAUGGACUCACAUGGACUCACAGGGACCCACCUGGACCCACAGGGACCCACAUGGACUCACAGGGACCCACCUGGACCCACAGGGACUCACAUGGACCCACAGGGACCUGAGGUGCCUGUCAGAGGGGCGCUGGAGUCCGGUCCCGCCCUCCAGCAGGUGACUCUGAGGGAUCAGUCUGCUGUUUAUUCAUGGAGGAAGAGGAGGAGCCACAGCAGGGGGCCCCGCCAUUGGUCCUGGGGGUCAGCUGGGCGGCGGCCGAGCGUUGCAGCCUCCAGUGUGUUGAUGUGUAAAGUUGAACAUGUUAGAUAUGACAGGUGUGUUCCCCAGGUGUGUUCCCCAGGUGUGUCCCCCAGGUGUGUCCCCCAGGUGUGUCCCCCAGGUGAAGCCGUGUCUGUAGACGUUUGGUGUUUCUGUGUCAACGUGUCCUUGAGGAACUACACGAUGCUAAUGUUGAGUAGCCCUAGCUAACGGUGUUUAUGACCAUGACAUGUGUGUUUAGCGGUAGAAACAUGAAUAAGUGUUCACUGUGGUUCUGUGGUCCAGAGGCCCCGCCCCCUCCACUCCCUGUCUCAGUGACCAAUGCAAUAUUUAUGUCCGUGAUGCGUCUGCACAUAUAUAUAUGGUCAUAGUUUGUGUAUUUAAUGUCGUCUGUUGGUCUCACGCUGAGCUAGUCUGCUAAAGCUAACGAGCAGCUGGUGCAUUCUGGGAGAUGGAGGCGUGGCUCUGGGCCCGGCGGUUCUGGUAAAGUGAUAGUUAGGCUUCACCUCGUUAUGCACAUGUUUUUUAAACACUAAUAUAUUUUAUUUGUUAUACAGCACAUGAACAUUAAACUUUAUUUUUUUGAACUCUA